AUGGGGGGAGCAGCUCGGCGCGGCGCGGUGGAGGAGGCGAGAGGGCGCCGGCGUCGCAGUGGGGUGGCCGGCGUGCUGCGGGAUGAAGGGGCGGCGCGGUGGAGGAGGCGAGUCAGCGUGCGGCGUCGAGGAGGGCCGGCGACGGCGAUCGAGGACGGCUUGACCACCGGGGAGGUCGAGGAGGUCGACGACGACGAAGAGGUUGGCGUGUGGAGCUCGCCGGAGUCGACGUCCACUACGACCAGGUUCCUGGUGGCACUCUUUGUAACUGUCGCGUUUGUUUCCCUAGAGGGUGCUCCAGCAUUGUCGGCGGCGGGGACAGCCGGAAGGUCGUCGCCGGUUCGUCUGCGGCGGCGGCAGGUGCAAAGCCUCCUCAGGCAGCUCAAUAAGGCUCCUCUCACAACCAUAGAGAGCCCAGAUGGAGAUAUUAUCGACUGUGUGCACGUCUCCAAACAGCCUGCAUUUGAUCAUCCUUUGCUCAAGAACCAUACAAUCCAGAUGCGGCCUUCUUACCACCCAGGAGAUCUGUAUGACAGCUCCAGCAUUACACCACAUCCAAUCACCCAAACAUGGCAACAGAGUGGCAAGUGUCCUGACAACACCAUACCAAUCCGAAGGACAAAGGAGGGGGAUUUCAUGAGCGCCAGUUCCAUCAGGAGGCACGGCAAGAAGAGGCCACUGAGUAUCCCAAGCCUCAAUUCUCUCAAUGACCCUGGAACUCCUAAUGUAUUGAGAGGCCACCAGCAUGCUGUAGCAUCAACCACCACGGAAGAUAAGUACUAUGGAACCAGUGCCACCAUUAAUCUGUGGCAACCAAGGAUUGAGGGGGUCAAUGACUUCAGCCUGUCCCAGCUCUGGAUAAUUGCGGGAUCCUAUAAGAGCAAUGAUCUCAAUACCGUUGAAGCUGGAUGGCAGGUUUCCCAGGAGAUUUAUGGGGAUACCAAUACUAGAUUCUUCAUCUACUGGACACGUGAUGCGUAUGAAACAACAGGAUGUUAUAACCUAUUGUGCUCAGGAUUCAUCCAGAUAAAUAAUCAGAUCACUAUUGGUGGUAGCAUCUCUCCUGUCUCCAUCUAUGGUGGCUCCCAGUAUGACAUCAAGAUUUUUGUUUGGAAGGAUCAAAAGGAUGGCAAUUGGUGGUUGCAAGUUGGAAGCUAUGUUUUAGGCUACUGGCCAUCAUCCCUCUUCUCCUACCUGGCAGAUAGUGCCUCCUCUAUCAUGUGGGGUGGCGAGGUGUACACGCCUGGCUCUAACCAAACUUACACACAGAUGGGCAGUGGACACUUCCCUGAAGAAGGGUUUCGCAAGGCCAGCUACAUCAAGAACCUGCAAGUGAUAGAUUCGUCCAACAAUAUCAAGUCGCCAAAUGUUGUGGACUUCACACCUGAGCGUCCCAACUGCUAUAAUUUGACGAUCGGUAACAAUAGCGACUGGGGUACUUACAUCUAUUACGGGGGUGCGUGUGAGAGUGUUCCGGCAGCAGGAGGUGAGCUGCUGCUCCCUGCAGCAUACUGGUUUUGGGCUACGGCCUUAGUCUGCUGCAUCUUGCAAUACCACACUUGA